CGUCCCAACUCAUCAUCAACAUCAACGUCGACGUCUUGUGCACAAGCGACGCGACGCGACACCAACGCAAGCCGAUAUUGGCAGGAUUCACUAUGAAUAAUUCUCCAUCAUGGCGCCUCGCACGCCUCGUGCCCUGUCUGCGCCCUUGAUCAACGCGUCAGUCAAUAACGAGCGUCCCGAUGGCGAUGGCGAUGGCGAUCUUGGAAAGGCCCAUGUGAAAAACUACAUCGGACGUGUCGUCGACGACUCCCCCGACGCGACAAAAGGUAUCACCACGAUGCACAUCGUCAAGCGCAACCUCCAACAACUCCCCUCGGCCGAACGUCUCCAAGUCCUUGAUGGCCUUGUCAAGCAAAUUCCCAAGAUCAAAGGCAUACAAAACCAAGCACGAGAUCACAAAGCAAACCUUCGUCGCGCAGACCGACGAGAUGAACAAAUGGCUUAUCUCGACAAGACUUGGGGCGGUCGUCAGAACUGGGCGAAUCCGAUAUACAUGCCGCGCAUCACGGAGACCAUUUCAAUUAGUACUACGGCGCCGCUUACAACUAUGACCAAGUUGGCGGUAAAGCAUCAGUUUACCUUGUCUGACCUUUGGCAACCUGGCGGUGAACUUCACGAUGCGGCGUUUAUGUAUGGUGAGCAUAUUCUCACCAAGGAUAAAGCUGCUGCAGCUCUUCGUGCAUUCAAGUUGCGCCUUGGAAACUUGGAGAUUCCUGAACUUGACGCCAGUGACGACGAGAACGAUGAUCCAAUGUCAGAGUCAGAGCAGGAUCGUGCUACCAAACGUCCCAAGUACACCGCCACCGAACGUUCUCCUUCUGUUGAGAUUGGCCGUCGUGCACGUACACCAGCUCUCGACCAUCGCAACAGUCUGUUUUCGCCCGAGCAAGAGAUUCAUAGCCCUGAUGAUGAUUGUUACGUCGCUCUUCCUGGUAUGUGCACUGACUUGCUUGACUAUCACUUACUCACUAACAAUUGUUUACGGAUGAUGAUUUAUCUUCUCAGCCCCGCCAUUCAAUCUCACCAAUCCACCGCGAUCAAUCUUAUCCUUCAUCCAUUAUCGACGAUGAUGCCUCUGUCGAUAAACUAGAAACCAGCCAAACUACUUCACAACUAGCUCAACAGCAACUUCAAGAUCCCACUGCACAGCUAACAGACGACGUGUUGAACCUACUAUUACAGUACAUCACCCGCACCAGCAAAACUCCAGGUGCAAAAGUCCUCGACCCUUUGUACGUCCAAGUCGACAACAACCAAGAGUCCCACCAACC